UUUUACCUUUUCCUCUCUCCUGGAAACUGGAGCCGGAGCGCAGCGCGGAGAGAAGAGCGGACCUCUUUCUCCCCGAGUGACUGGGCAGACUGGGACAGAGAGCGGGCAGUCUGAGCCGCCUCUCAACAGUUUGAAAUUACUUAAGAGUUUGUUUGCGUCCGUGAUGACUGGGAGCUGUUUGUGGGCGACUGGGUUGGUUCUCCUCGCUGUCUGUGUGAAGAUAGCUGUGUGGGCCAACAAUGGAGACGCAGUGUUCAUCAGGGAGUUCACACUGAUUCGGCGAGAUCACCUUGCCGAAGAGCCUCUACAUGAUGCCAGCCAAAACCCAGAAGACCCGAGCUCACGUACGGCCCGAUCAGAAGAGGACAGAGACACGCUUUGGGACGCCUGGGGUUCCUGGAGUGAAUGCUCUCGUACAUGUGGCGGAGGAGCCUCCUACUCCCUCAGACGAUGCCUCAGUUCCAAGACCUGCGAAGGACAAAAUAUCAAAUAUCGUACAUGCAGUAAUGUGGAUUGCCCUUCGGAUGCCGGUGACUUCCGUGCCCAGCAGUGUUCAGCUCAUGCAGAUGUGCAAUACCAGGGUCAGUACCAUGAGUGGCUGCCGGUAUACAACGACCCAGACAACCCCUGCGCUCUCAAAUGUAAAGCCAAGGGCUCAGGCCUUGUGGUGGAGCUGGCGCCCAAGGUGCUGGAUGGAACACGGUGUUACACAGAGUCUUUGGACAUGUGUAUCAGUGGAAUCUGCCAGAUUGUAGGUUGUGAUCACGAGCUCGGAAGCACUACGACGGAGGACAACUGUGGUGUCUGCAACGGAGACGGCUCGUCCUGCAGACUUGUGCGAGGGCACUACAAAUCCCAGCAUUCUUCAGGAAAAACUGAGGACACAGUGGUCACCAUCCCUUACAAGAGUCGCCAUGUGCGUCUGAUCCUGAAAGGCCUGGAUCACUUGUAUGUGGAGAGUAAGACUCUACAGGGGAUAAGAGAUGAGCUGGUCUUGGAUAAAUCCGGGCAGUACUAUCUAGAGAACACCACCGUGGACUACCAGAAACUUUCAGACAAAGAAGUCCUGAGAAUCACUGGCCCGCUCGGAGCUGACUUCACAGUCAAAGUGCAGUUUACCAGCAGUGCAGACAGCCUGGUCCAAUACAUCUACUACCAGCCCAUCAUCCACCGCUGGAGAGAGACCGACUUUUUCCCUUGCUCUGUCACGUGUGGUGGAGGUUACCAGCUGACCUCAGCAGAGUGCUUUGAUCUGCGGAGUGGCCGGGUGGUGGUAGACCAGUAUUGUCAUUACUACCCAGAGAAUAUCAAACCAAAACCCAAACUGCAGGAGUGCAACAUGGAUCCAUGCCUGGACAGUGAUGGCUACAAGGAAAUUAUGCGAUAUGACCAGUACCACCCCCUGCCUCGAUGGGAGAGCAGCCCCUGGACAGCUUGUUCCACCUCUUGCGGCGGGGGCAUCCAGAGUCGCUCGGUAUCGUGUGUGGAGGAGGACAUUCAGGGGACCAUCACUCCCACAGAGGAGUGGAAGUGUCUUUACUCUCCCAAAACAGCUAUCCUGCAGCCCUGCAACACCUUUGACUGUCCCACCUGGCUGGCGCAGGAGUGGUCACCAUGUACAGUGACCUGUGGUCAGGGGCUGCGCUACAGGGUGGUGUUAUGCAUCGAUCACCGGGGAUUGCACGCUGGAGGCUGCAACCCUACCACCAAACCACACAUCAAAGAGGAGUGUCUGGUGACUGUGCCCUGCUACAAGUCCAAAGAUACGCUCCCUGUUGAGGCCAAACCCGUGUGGCAUAAGCAGGCCAUAGAGCUCGAGGAGGACGUCACAGUGAGUGAGGAACCAACGUGA